AUGAUCGUCUUGUAUUACCUAAAGUUCGCAGUACUUCUGAGUGGACUCCUGCUGCUCUUUCUGCUUCCUAACUGGACAGAAAGCGUUGACACUGUGGACAUCAGUAUUCUCGCCCGUAUUAUAAACUUCUUUGAGCUGAACUAUAAGAGAGUCGAUGCAAAUGGCCAUCCUCGUCAGUAUGCUGUAGCCAUCAAUGUGCCAAAGCGUCAAUGUCAACAGAACUUCGAUCCUGAUCACUUCCUGACUCGAGAGAAUGCAGAGAAUGUGAGAAAUGCUAUUACUGAUGAAACAAAUGGAGUUUACCAAGGUGUAGAACUCAUCGCUGCAGGAACAAGGUUUAGAAAUAGGUACAAUUUGCAUUCAGAGUCUCUCUUGCUGAAUCCUCCUGGCAACUCAUCCAUGAGCAAUCUUUUGAAUAGAAUACCAGACAGCUGCUCUAUUUUCUACACAUUUGAUUCUCCCUGUGUUGACUCAUGUCUGAAUGCGACAAGGGGCCACAACAUUCUAAGGGCCCUGGAGAGCUGGAAAAAUCACAGUGGAAUCAAAGCUUUUGUUUUCAAGAAUAUCUGGAAGUUUGACAGUGAUAAAGAUCUUGAGACCAAAUUUAAGCAGAUAGUGGUUAAUAUUCCUCUCUACCGCUGUGUGAGUGAGAAUCAGUGUUACGCUUGUAACGGAGAAGGAAAUACUACCAUGGAUGCUCGCUGUCUGACUGAAAUUAAUCAAAUCUUGUUUUCUGGUUGAACAAAUAAAA